GCGGCGGCGAUGAGCGACAUCGUGGAGAAGACGCUGACGGCGCUGCCCGGGCUCUUCCUGCAGACCCCGGGCGGGGGCGGGCCGGCGGCCGCCCAGGCGGCCUUCUCCUCGCGGCUGGGCGGCCUCAUCCGCGGCAUCACCGCGCUCACCUCCAAGCACGAGGAAGAAAAAUUAAUCCAGCAAGAACUGAGUAAUCUGAAAGCAGUGGUUUCUGCUCCUACAACAACACUGAAAAUGAUGAAGGAAUGUAUGGUGAGACUUAUAUAUUGUGAAAUGCUUGGAUAUGAUGCUUCCUUUGGCUACAUACAUGCAAUCAAGUUGGCACAACAAGGAAACCUUUUAGAAAAAAGAGUAGGUUAUUUAGCGGUUUCUUUAUUUCUACAUGAAAGUCAUGAACUGUUGCUUCUCCUUGUGAAUACAGUCGUAAAGGACUUGCAGAGCACUAACCUGGUGGAAGUAUGUAUGGCACUUACUAUUGUCAGCCAGAUUUUCCCUCGGGAAAUGAUUCCAGCUGUUCUUCCGUUAAUAGAAGAUAAACUGCAACAUUCUAAGGAGAUUAUACGAAGAAAAGCUGUUCUGGCAUUAUACAAAUUCCAUCUCAUUGCUCCUAAUCAAGUACAACAUAUCCAUAUUAAGUUUCGGAAAGCACUUUGUGACAGAGAUGUUGGGGUCAUGGCUGCUUCCUUGCACAUAUACCAUAGGAUGAUUAAGGAGAAUUCAUCUGGAUAUAAAGACUUAACUGGGAGUUUUGUAACAAUUUUGAAGCAAGUAGUUGGAGGAAAGCUCCCAGUAGAUUUCAAUUACCACAGCGUCCCAGCACCGUGGUUACAAAUUCAGCUCUUGAGAAUACUAGGACUUCUAGGAAAAGAUGAUCAAAGGACAAGUGAAUUAAUGUAUGAUGUUCUUGAUGAAUCCUUACGAAGAGCCGAGUUAAAUCACAAUGUCACAUAUGCUAUUCUGUUUGAAUGUGUACAUACAGUCUAUUCUAUUUAUCCCAAAUCAGAAUUACUUGAGAAGGCUGCCAAGUGCAUUGGAAAAUUUGUCCUAUCACCUAAAAUAAAUCUCAAAUAUUUAGGACUGAAGGCUCUUACCUAUGUUAUCCAACAGGAUCCCACUCUGGCUCUUCAACACCAGAUGACAAUAAUUGAGUGCUUAGACCAUCCUGAUCCCAUUAUUAAAAGAGAGACUCUGGAACUUCUUUACAGAAUUACUAAUGCACAGAAUGUAACAGUGAUUGUCCAGAAGAUGCUUGACUAUUUACAUCAGAGCAAAGAAGAGUAUAUUAUCAUCAAUUUGGUUGGCAAAAUAGCUGAGCUCGCUGAGAAAUAUGCUCCUGAUAAUGCGUGGUUUAUUCAGACAAUGAAUGCUGUGUUUUCAGUAGGAGGAGAUGUAAUGCAGCCUGAUAUUCCCAAUAACUUUCUGAGACUGCUAGCGGAGGGUUUUGAUGAUGAAACAGAAGAUCAACAAUUAAGACUUUAUGCAGUUCAGUCUUAUCUCACUUUACUAGAUGUGGAAAAUGUGUUCUAUCCACAGAGAUUUCUUCAAGUUAUGAGUUGGGUAUUAGGGGAGUAUUCCUACCUCUCAGAUAAGGAAACACCAGAGGAAGUUAUAAUGAAGCUCUACAAGUUACUUAUAAAUGACUCCAUUUCUUCGGAAACAAAAGCCUGGUUAAUUGCUGCUAUAACUAAGUUGGCACCCCAAGCACACUCUUCUAACAUUGUUGAGAGAUUAAUCCAGGAAUUUACCGUAUCUUUGAAUACUUGUAUGAGACAGCAUGCAUUUGAAUUAAAGCAUUUGCAUGAGAAUGUGGAAUUUAUGAAGAGCUUGCUUCCAGUUAAUAAGAGUUGUGAAGACAUGGUGGUAGAUGCUUCCUUAUCUUUUCUGGAUGGUUUUGUGGCUGAAGAACUCGGUCAAGGGGCAGCACCGUACAAACCUCAUCACCAACGGCAGGAGGAAAAGCUUUCUCAGGAAAAAGUUCUCAAUUUUGAACCAUAUGGACUCUCCUUUUCUUCAUCUGGCUUUACUGGACGACAGUCUCCUGCUGGCAUUUCUCUGGGUUCAGAUGUAUCUGGAAACAGUGCAGAGACAGGGCUGAAAGAGACAAAUAGCUUGAAGCUGGAAGGAAUAAAGAAGUUGUGGGGGAAAGAGGGCUAUCUUCCCAAGAAGGAGAGCAAAACUGGAGAUGAAACUGAAGCUCCGCCUGUUCCUCAAGAGAGUGUAAUAAUGGAGAAUGUAGAUCAAGCUAUAGCAAAAAAGGAUCCAUCUCAAGUCCUUACCCAAUCUAAAGAGGAGAAAGAAAAGCAGCUGCUGGCAUCAUCACUAUUUGUUGGGCUAGGAUCAGAAAGUACAGUCAAUUUGCUAGGUAAAGCAGAUACCAUCUCUCACAAGUUCAGAAGGAAAUCAAAAGUCAAGGAAACUAAAAGUGGAGAAACCACCAGUGCUCAUAAUAUGACCUGCUCUUCCUUUAGUUCUUCAUCAAAUGUGACUUAUGAAGAAGAUUAUUAUUUGGAUAAUUUGCAGGAUAGAGGAGACAAAGAACUAAAAAAAUUUACUCUCAGUUCAGAACUUUUGGAUUCUGAGUCGCUCACAGAACUGCCCUUGGUUGAGAAACUGUCAAAUUGCAGGCAGUCUACACCUUCGUUAUUUGCUGAUAACAACAUGGACGUUUUUCACCCUCCUCAAUCCACCGCAGUCUCAGUUGCCAAUGAAACCUUAGCUGCUGCUUUGUUGGAAGAAACUACUGAACACAUGCACUCAGAUCUUAUGGAGGUCUGUAGUAAUGAAACCAUGUCAGUGUCUUCUUACAAAAUUUGGAAAGAUGAUUGUUUAUUGAUGGUGUGGUUAGUUUCUAAUAAAAGUGGUUCAGAAUUGAAAAGUGCUAACUUAGAAAUUGCUCCUGCAGAAAAUUUCAAGCUCACUGAGCAACCUGAAUACUGCUUGCCUAUAAUAGAAGAAGAGAACACCAGAUACUUUCAAUAUAGUGUGCAGAUGGAAAAACCUUUUACAGAAGGGACUCUUCCUGGUUUUGUAAAUUACCAAAUGAUGGACACUCAUGCUGUUCAGCUUGAAUUUUCAGUAAACUUAUCACUGUUGGAUUUCAUUAGACCAUUAAAAAUCUCAACUGAAGACUUUGGAAAACUCUGGUUAUCCUUCGCAAAUGAUGUGAAGCAAAAUGUAAAAAUGUCAGACUCUCAAGCUACUCUGCCUUCUGCCCUCAAGACACUGCAGCAGAAACUGAGGCUUCAUGUUGUUGACAUUAUAGGCAAUGAAGGGCUAUUGGCCUGUCAGCUGCUCCCAUCCAUCCCCUGUUUGCUGCAUUUUCGAGUUCAUGGUGAUGUAUUAGCCCUAUGGUUCAGAUCCUCCUCCUCUACUCUUCCUGACUAUUUACUGUAUCAGUGUCAAAAGGUGAUGGAGGGAUCCUAGCAGAAGCUCUUAUAUUUUACUCCAUCAGAAUAAAUGGUUUACAUAGAUAAACUUAUUUACCAAAGUAAAAAGAACUCAUGGUACUUCUAAUGAAAAUGGGGAUAAUUGCAAGUUGUGGUUUUAUGUUUCCUUUAUGAUUCCUGAUCAAGAAAGAUCCCCAAGAAACUGUACCCCCAACCUUUUACUCAGGAUUGUACAGUAUGUUUGGGUCCCAACGGGUGACCUAAGCUAAUGUUAUAAUCUGCUAAUGAUUUAUAUAUCACUUAGCAUAGAGGAACUGAAAAUAUUUAUUUUGUUAUAAGUAAUUUUAUAGCAGAUGUACUCUAGUGCUAGCUGAUUUGUGGUAAAGCCAAGUCUGAGUUCUCUGCAUUAAUGGAGGGGAGACAUGGAAUUGACAACCCCAAACCUAAUUCAUAUUUGGCUUUGGAAUGCAGCGUGUGCUUUUUGGUAGGCACGUCAUUACUUUCAAUUAUGUUUUGCUUAGAUCAGUGUUGAACUAAGUUGGCAUAGCACACACUUAGUUCAAGAGAUCCAUGAGCAUGCUGGGUAUUGGGGGAUCCAAUCUGUGAUACAGUUGUUAUAGAUAACUUGUUAUACAUAAUUGCAGAUAAUUUGGCUACAAAAUUUGUCUGUUUUCCACUAGCAUUUACUUUUAAUAUUAAAAAUGAAUCACUGUAUUCUUAUGUUAAAAAUUCAGAGCCAUUUACAAAAUAUUGUCAUAUGGAAACAGAACCCACAAGAGCACACAGUACUAAAGUAAACAUAUAAAAGGACUUUUUUGUUAUGGCAAAUAUCUUAGUUACCACUUUGGUUCUUCUGGCAAGAUGAAAUUUGUGAUUAGAAUAUAAAUGGCAAAACCAUUUUUCUUGGCCUUUAAAUCUGCUAGUACUCAGUAGAUGCAACUGAAACAGUGACUGUGUGUACCGUACAGGUUCUUCAGGAAAAUCCAUCAUUUCCAUGUUACAGCUGUGCCUCUGUGGCCUCUGCCAGAACUGCUGUCAGUCUAAUGCGGAUGAUGGACCAGAAUCUUGAGUUGUACAUU